GACCACACUAGCUGCCUCACCAACCACUCCCACCACCACCAACCCUUACAUAUCCUGCAGCUAGCUAGCUGCCUCAUCCCGGCCGCCUCCCGAAGCAGCACGAGCACCCACGCCUACACCACCAUGGCCGGCCGCAGCAGCAAGCUCCUCCUCCUCCUCCUGUGCGCGCUGGCGGCGGCGGCCUCCGCGGCGGACGACGCCGCCGGGUUCACGACGUUCAAGUUCUACUUCCACGACAUCGUGGGCGGGACGAGCCCGACGGCGAUCCGCAUCGCGCAGGCGGCGUCGUCCAACUCCUCCUCCACCUUCUUCGGCGCGGUGGUAGCCAUCGACGACCCGCUGACCACGGGCCCCACGCGCGCCGCGGGCACGGAGGUCGGGCGCGCGCAGGGCACGUACACGUUCGCGGACCAGAAGACGUUCGGGCUCCUGAUGCUGAUGAACCUCGUGUUCACCGCCGGGGAGCACAAGGGCAGCAGCCUGACGGUGAUGGGCCGGAACGAGGUGCUGGCCGACGUCCGCGAGAUGAGCAUCGUGGGCGGCACCGGCAAGUUCCGGAUGGCGCGCGGGUACGUGCAGGCGCACACCAUCGACUCCGGCGCCACCUCCGGGGAGACCGUCGUGCAGUACACCGUCAACGUCAAGGCGUAGCCGCCGCCGCCGCCGCCGUCGUCUCCGGCCGCUGGUGCUGGAAUGGUUUUUCGGUCUGUGUACCUUGUUGUUGUUCGGUGUUGCUGUACUGUGAGAGAGUUGGGAUGGACUCUUGCCAGAGCAGUUAGUUGAACGGGGAUUCGAAUUUGGAGAAAUUCGAAGUCCUUCGAGAGAAUUUGCAGAGUUUGAUCGAAAUGUCUGAAGAGCAGAGCUUAAUUGGGUUGGGAACUUGGGAUUUCCGGACGAAACGAAUUGGCAGUAAAAAGUCAGCAACGCAAGCAUGUGGCUGUUGAUGCUU